GUGUGAAUCCAAUGAUUAGCAUUGAAUAGCCUUGCAGCUUCAAAGCCUGGCUGCUUCCUGCCUGGGGAAUUCCUUUGUUGGGAGGUGUUAGCUGGCCCUCCUCUGAAAUGACUGGAAUUCCUCCUCUUUUCUGAGUGUUGUUCUUUAUUUCAGUUUUUUAAAUACUGGUAGUCAGAUUUACCUUGAUUAGCAUUGAAUGGCCUUGCAGCUUCAAAGCGUGGCUGCUUCCUGCCUGGGUGAAUCCUUUGUUGAGAGGUGUUCGCUGAUCCUCAUUAUUUCCUGUCUGGAAUUUACCUGUUUUGUUUUGGUGUCAGGAGCGACUUGAGAAACUGCAAGUCGUUUCUGGUGUGAGAGAAUUGGCCGUCUGCAAGGACGUUGCCCAAGGGACGCCCGGAUGUUUGAUGUUCUUUAACCAUCCUUGUGGGAAGUUUCUCUUAUGUCCCUACAUCGGGAGCUGGAGCUGACAGAGGGAGCUCAUCCGCCCUCUCCCCAGGUUGGAUUCAAACCGGCAACCUUCAGGUCAGCAAUCCAACCUUCAAAUCAGCAGUUUUGCCGGCACAAGGGUUUAACCCAUUGCGUCCCUGUUUUGUGAGUGGCUUUCUUUCCCCUGCGUGUUCUAACCUUGUCUCCCGCCCUGAUUGGACCACUGUGGGCUGAGGGGCGGUGUCUAGUGAUUGACAACCAAUCCCCUUAGUUCCGGUAGUGGCACACGAGGAGGCGCGGAAAGGGGUUGACUGGCUUUGGCGGGAGACUGGCAGCAAGGCUUGAGAACCAUGUCAAACUGGGUAUCAUAUUACAAAAAUGAGGAUGAGGAGGAAGGGGAGGAACAAGAUGAAGAAGUUGAAACAAUAGGAGAAUAUAAAUAUUCAGGUCGGGACACUUUGCUUUUCUUAGUGGAUGCAUCAAAAGCCAUGUUUGAUUCCUUUGAUCAUGAUGAUGAUGAUGAUUUGACUCCUUUUGAUAUGACAAUCCAGUGCAUCCAAAAUGUGUACACAAACAAGAUCAUCAGCCACGACAGGGACCUUGUUGGCGUUGUGUUUUAUGGUACAGAGCAAUACAAAAAUUCGGUGGAUUUUAAGCAUAUAUAUGUUCUUCAGGAUUUGGACAAUCCAGGGGCCAAACGAGUUUUGGAACUGGGAAAGUACAAGGGAGAACAGGGGAAGGCUCUCUUCAGCAAAUCAUUUGGCCAUAGUACCAACUACUCAUUAGGUGAGGCCCUCUGGGUUUGCUCCAAUCUCUUCAGUGAUGUCCGCCUCAAGAUGAGCCACAAGAGGAUUAUGCUGUUCACCAAUGAAGAUAAUCCUCAUGGUCAAGACAGCAGUAAAGCUAAAUUUGCUAGGACUAAAGCUACAGACCUCCGAGACACAGGUAUAUACCUUGACUUAAUGCACCUGAGGAAGCCAGGAGGAUUUGAUAUCUCCCUGUUCUACAGGGACAUCAUUAAUACAGCAGAGGAUGAGGACUUGGGAGUCCACUUUGAUGAGUCCAGCAAGCUAGCAGACCUUAUGAAGAAAGUACGAUCAAAAGAGACAAGGAAGCGAGCUUUAGGAAGGUUGAACUUAUAUCUGGGAAAAGAUGUGGCUCUUUCUGUGGGUAUUUUUAACUUAGUCCAAAGAGCUUUCAAACAGCCUCCUGUGAAACUUUAUAGGGAAACAAAUGAGCCUGUAAAAACAAAAACACGAACUUUUAACAAAGAGACGGGUAGCUUGCUUCUCCCUAGUGACACAAAGAGGGCUCAGAUCUAUGGAAAUCGUCAAAUUGUAUUGGAAAAAGAGGAGGUAGAAGAAACAAAGCGAUUUGAUUCACCAGGUUUAUAUCUGGUCGGUUUCAAGCCCUUGCUAAUGCUGAAACAACAUCAUUACAUCAAGCCAGCUCAGUUCAUCUAUCCAGAUGAGUCCUUGAUUAGUGGAAGUACAGCACUAUUCCGUGCCCUGCUAACAAAGUGUCUGGAGAAAGGAGUGAUGGCCAUAUGUAGGUACACCGCUCGUCGGAACAUCCCUCCUAGGUUUAUAGCCCUGGUCCCGCAGGAAGAAGAACUGGAUGAGCAGAAUGUGCAGAUAUCUCCUCCAGGCUUUCAUCUGAUUUUCCUACCAUAUGCCGAUGACAAACGGAAAAUAGAUUUUACAGAGAAGGUCCCAGCUAAUCAAGAACAGGUGAACAAAAUGAAGGAAAUUGUUCAGAAGCUGCGAUUCAAAUACAGGAGUGAGAGUUUUGAGAAUCCAGUUCUGCAACAGCACUAUAUGAACCUAGAAGCCUUGGCACUGGACCUGAUGGAACCUGAAAAGGCUGAGGAUCUGACCAUGCCUAAGGUUGAGGUGAUGGAUCGCAGGCUGGAUAAUCUUGUAGAAGAAUUCAAGCAGUUGGUGUAUCCACCAGGGUAUGAUCCUGACAGCAAAGCUACAAAGCGAAAACAAGCAGGGGAUGGUACUGAAAAGCCAGAAAAGAAGGCCAAGAUUGAAAUCUCGGAGGAGGAACUGAGGAAUCAUAUUAAAAAAGGCACUUUGGGUAAACUUACAGUACCAGUUCUGAAGGAAGUAUGUAGGAUUUAUAAGCUGACGGGGGGUACAAAGAAACAAGAACUGUUAGAUGUAGUGACUAACUAUUUCAGUAAGCACUGAGUUGUGUGCACCUAGUCAAUCAUUCAGCCGCCUCAGGAGACGUCUUCGUAAAGACGUAGAUCUUGACAAGGGGGAAAAAUACUGUAUCUGUAGUUAUAAUUACAUAGAAAUAUGUGCUCCCCUUCCUGAGAGAUUGAUAGCACCUGGUUGGAAUGGUUUACUGAUAGAAAAAUACUUUUUCUUACUUUUGGUUCUAGAUUUCAUGAAAAUUUGUGACCUUUCUAUAUCUUUAAUAAAUACUAUGGUUAUUUA